CCACAGACAUCAGAUGAACAAGAACAACUGCAGCAGAGACACCAGAGCCUCCGACUGACUGACUGACUCCCACUGAGGCCCUGUCACCCCGCUCUGCUUACGCUGGUCGGACUUCUUUGUGCCACCUGAAGAGUUCUCUGUAAACGCUGCCAUCAUGUCGACGGCUUUGGAAACGACGGGGUUCAUCAUGAGCCUGAUCAGCUGGCUGGUCACCGGAGCGUCGCUGGUUAACGACUACUGGAAGAUUUCCACCAUCUCCGGCAGCGUCAUCAUCUCCCUGAGGCAGUUUGAGAACCUGUGGCACUCCUGCGCCGAAAACAGCGCCGGCAUCGCCGAGUGUAGGGACUUUGAGUCGAUGCUCGCCCUCCCAGGUCACGUGCAGGCGUGUCGCGCUCUGAUGAUCAUCUCUCUGCUGUUAGGCCUCGGCUCCAUCAUCGUCGCUCUGCUCGGACUCAAGUGCAUCAAGAUCGGCUCGGCCACCGAACAAUCCAAGGCCAAGACCGCCGUCACCGGAGGAAUCCUCAGCGUCCUCGCUGGUCUGUGCUGCAUGGUUGCAGUUUCCUGGUACGCCUACAGAGUCGUGCAGGACUUCUACGACCCGUUCUACGGAGGCAUGAAGUUUGAGCUGGGCACCGGCCUGUUCUUGGGAUGGGGCGCAGCCAGUCUGAACAUUCUGGGUGGAGCUUUACUCUGCUCCGCCUGUAAAAAAGUGUCAUCUGGAGCCAAGAGAGGUUACCCACAGGGGAAGGUCUACACAGCUACAGCCAAGUCAGAUCCAGACGCCCGAGCUUACGUCUAAACACGCGUGUCGUCACCGUCUUUGCUCUCUGAAGGACACUGUGAAGGCUCGCUGUCAUUUACUGGACCGGACCGGACCUCGACCCGGUCCUGAAUGUAAAUGCAUGUAAACUACUUUAACAAAAGUAUAACCCCACAAAUAAGUUGUUGUUUUUUUUUUUGAGGGGACCAGAUGUUUGUUCCAGAUGUGACUGUGAUGAUAUCAAACACACACACACACACACAUCCAUGCCCACA